CUAGCGUAUUGCGAAUAUCGAAUUCAAUUUCACUUUUGUUUAGCUGCAUAAAGAGCCUCUAUUCUUCCGAAGAUCUUCUAAAAUGUCAGGAGACGGAACGUCAAGUCUGGUGUUUGUUGAUGCUGAAAAUGGUGACGAAGAUAGCAUCGAAGUUGUACCAUCAUCACACGGAGAAGAUCCCAAUCUUGAAGUUCCUAGUACAGGUGGAAGUAAGGCUGAUAGAGAGGAUAUAGUCCAGGCUGAAAAACUUCCUGACAACACAGUGAGGGGGCUGUUUUAUAAUGAUCAAGACAAUCUCAAUACMCACAAAGACAAAGUAAAAUCCAAGCCUUUAUUAGAUGAGAAAAUACAAAAGGGUAUUACAGAUUUAAAUGGCAUCUUACAAAAACAAGAUUAUCAAUCUCUCCACCCUGUUGGCCAAGAAGUUAAAGAACUCUUAUCUGGAGCUGUAAAAUAUGCCAAUGAAAGUGGAACAUCUUUGAAAGCUGCAAGAGAAUUACUUGAUAGCAGUUUAGAAAUAUACAAGGAAGCUUGUGMAAGCUCGGCAGACAAGUUUGAACUCUCCAGCGAAAGCACAAAAGCUUUGGCAGAACAUGAAAGAAUUGAGAGAGAGAGGUUAGAGCUGCUCAUCAAGAGAAAAAAUCUUACUGAUGCUAAUUCAAAAAGAGAGGAAGGACUGGCAGUUAUUGAAAGAAGUAUUGAGGCUGCCAAGGUGGAUACAGUGAGAGUGAUGUCCAAACAGGCAAAGGAGGAGCAGGAGCAAGUGUUGAURAAAUUUUCUGAGAAGAAAAAGGAGAUUGAGGAACAAGUUGAUAAUGARCUGGACAGCCUUCAUCUCAUCAGUCACAACUGUGAAGGGGACAUUGACAGCAUUGAUAAAAGUUUGGUGACUCUUGAGCAGUCAGCUGAAGCUGCAUUCAACAAGUACACUGAAAAAGAYAAAGAGCUUUGCUUGAAGCUACAAGAGAAUAGAAAUGAACAGCUUGAGUUGCAGAAGAGGCUGGAAGAGCUUUCCAAUCAAGAAAAAGCCUUUGAAAAUGAGAGAGCAGAACGAACCAAUACUCAGAGAAAAGCUGAAUUGACCAAGGAUAAGGCAAAAGAUGAGCUUGAAAGCUGGAAAGGUCAGAUUGAGGAACUUUAUGGAUGCUGCCAGGCAGCUUUGACAGUGUUAUCUCAAUUUAGAGAGGGAGCAUUCAAGCUAAUCAACAAAUCAAUAGAAAGYAAAGAACAAGAGGAUAAAAGACUUCAAGAACUGGAUGUAUUGGCUCACAGAACUUUCAGAGAUGCUCUAGUUGCAGCAUGUAUUGACUGCAAGGAAAUUAUUGGUCAAUCAGACCAGACUCUUGCAGUAAUUAAAACAAGGAUGGAAAAGAACAAAGCAGAGCUGAAAGAUGCUUUAAAGAAGGGUGUUCACUUUGUUGCUGAGGAGCUCAAAGCUGAGCAAAGCAAAGUAAAGGAGAACUACAACAAAUGUAAAAGCCAGAAAGCUCAAAAUGAGCAAAAGCUGGAAGAAUACAAGAAAGAGAUUGCUGCUACAGAUGAAAGAUUAGAAUCACUUGGACAAGUGCUGGAAUCAUUGGAUGCWAUAUAUGAGAGACAUCAAAUGGAUGUUGAUGCAGCAUGGGAACAACAAGAUGAUGAUGAUACUGGYAGCUUAAACUCUCUAGAGAGCUACUAAUMAAGACAGGUUGGCUCCUACAGAAAAUUGACAAAUGAUAGCUGAUGAAUGAAAAUUGCAUUUCAAAUGCAAAGAGCAACCAUUGUACUUACAGUAUUAUUAGCAUUUUGAUUUGUAUAUACAGUAUAUAUCCGCAGAGUAUAUUAGAACAACUUGUUGGUUGUAGUUGAUUUUUUUAAUGUAAUUCAGUUUUGAAGUGAGUAGGAGAAAGACUCAUGAUCAUGAUGAAUUGGAAUAUUAAAAAAAGGAAUAUUAAAAACRGGAAAAGGUAGAUAGAAUUUAGGAUAAGAAAUGGGAACAUGUAUAUAUAGAAGAUGUGCAGAUUAUCAACAUUGUGCAUGAUUUUGUGAAUUAAAAUUGCAAAAUUAUCAUGAA